AUGGACUAUUUUCCCUUCCUGUCCGCCGCCGCUGCAGUCGGUGUCGCUGGCCUGGCGCUGCGAUUGCUGCUCAAUUACUUCACGCCUGGCCUGGCAUCAAUCCCAGGACCAGUCCUCGCCAGAUUUUCUGAUUUGUGGAGAUUUCUGGAUGCUUGUUUCGGACAGCAUCACAACACCAUUACACGACUGCAUCGCAAGUACGGUCCUGUCGUGCGCAUCGGACCUAAUGUCGUCAGUGUAUCAGACCCGGCAGCCAUCGAUGCGGUCCUCGGGCUCAAGACCAAUCUCGACAAAAGUGAUUCUGUCAAACCGAUGAUGAACCCAUACAAUGGCGAAGUCCUGCCUAUGCUUAUCUCUGCAAUGGACUCAGAAGCACACGCACGCAUCAAACGGCCUAUAGGGAGUAUCUACUCAAUGACUACCUCAUUGGACUUCGAGCACAUAAUUGAUGACAACAUCAACCAGCUUCUGACGGGGUUAAGACCAUACGUAGCGUCCAACAAGGCGUGUAAGAUCGAUGAUUGGAUGGCGUACUUUGCAUUUGAUUUCAUUCUGCAGGCAACGUUCAGCCGUCGAUGGGGCUUUAUGGAGGCUGGAGGCGAUAUCGAUGGCAUGCUGGCUAUGCUGGAUUUGCAAUUCCUGUACAUCGCGACAAUCGGGGCAAUGCCUUGGCUGGACAAUCUCUUGCUCAAGAAUCCAUUGCUGCUCAUGCUGGUCAAGACACCGAACACACUGGUAGACUUUGCGAGCGACCAAGUUCGAUCUAGGCUAUCGGGAAAGAACUCACAUGCAGGGAAGCAACCAGACUACCUCGCACGUUUCAUUGCCGCUCGAGAAGCGCACCCGGAACAUGUUUCGGAUUUGCAAUUGACGACUUACGCAACCACAAACGUGCUCGCAGCAUCAGAUACGACAAGCGCGACGCUGACAACAAUCAUAUACCACAUAUUGAAACACCCGGGCGUCCAUGAGAAGGUUCGUACCGAGAUAGAGGCCGCCGGAAUGUCCAGCCCCGCUCCCUACGCUGAAGUGUCGAAGUUGCCUUACCUCAACGCUGUCAUCUUGGAAGUGAUGCGCGUCUUUCCAACCACUGGCAUUGAGCUCGAGCGCAAGGUGGGCCCUGGCGGUCUGAUACUGCCGUCGGGUCAAAGUCUACCUGCCGGAUCAGUGGUUGGUCUGAAUGCGUGGGCCGUGCAUCGCGACCAGGCGGUCUUCGGUGAUGAUCCGGAUCAAUUUCGACCGGAGAGAUGGUUGCAGCAGGUCGGUGAGUCAGACGCCUCGUUCGAAAGAAGGUACAAAGGCAUGCAGAGGGCGAACUUGGCCUUCGGGGCGGGCCCUCGAGCAUGUCUAGGGAAGAAUCUUGCAAUUCUGCAGGUGUACAAGGUCAUCGCGACCAUGCUACAAGUUUUCGACAUGGAACUUGUUGAUGCUGAGAAGCCUAUGAAGACCUGGAGCACGAUAUCUGUCAAGAUUUUGAAUGUUGAGAUCCGCCUGCGAGAGAUUUGA